UUUUUUUUUUUUUUCGAUAAUUUUUAUUGUUGAAUAUAUUUUAGUGUAGAAUUUACACACACAUGCAGACUAAUAUUUAUUUGUGUAUGUUAAAAAAGAUAAACAGAAAAAAAAAAUAAAUAUUUUACAUAAAAGUUUUUACUCCAAAACAACGUGGGAGAUUUUUCUUAGAAAAAAACUUUUAUCAUUAAUAUUUUGUUGAUAUAAUAAUUUUAUUUAAAAGUUUAUUUAUUAUAUUUUUUUUGAAUUUUAUUAUAUUGUUUAUACAUGUAUUUUAUUAGUAAACAACAAAAAAAUAAUAAAUAGAAAAUUAAAAAUAUUUUAUUACUCCAAAAUGUUUUCUUUUUUGUUUAUUAUUUCAUAACAAUGUUGGGUGUAUAUAUAUAUUUAAAACGGAUAAUUAAAUUUCUACUGAAUCAUCAUGAUGACAAUGAUAAAUAAUAAUAAUAUAUUAUUAUUUAUUAUAAUGACAUUUCAAACGUCAUUCUAACCUAGAAUUAAUCACUAUUAUUUUAUCGAUUGAGUAAGGUCAAAAGAAAAAAUCGAAAACAAUCAUAUUGCUCCAAAAUAAAUAAACAAUAAUAAUAAACAACUAUUUAUUAAAUUUAUAAAUAAAUUAUAUAACUAUUAAACAAUAAUUAAAAAAGUUAUUAAAAAAAUAGUAAAACAAAUAGUAAAAAAUUUCUGUAAGUAAAAAUAAAUUUUUAAAAACAAUAACAACUAAAACAGCUGUCAAAUUUAUUAUAUUUCAGAAAGCUUGAUUAUUUAUUUAAAAAAAAUAAAUACAAAUAUUACAUAAUGCCAAAUAAUUAUACAAAAAUUAUCAACUAAUGAAAUAUAAUUUUAAAAAUUAAUAAUGAAUACUUUUCAAGAAGAAGAAAAAAUUAUGUGGCAUCAACAAGUGUUGACACUUGAUGUAAAAUAUAAUUCUCAUCGUUUUAAAAAUAAUCAAAGUAUUGGUAUGCUUUACAUACGUCGUAGAAAUAAAAUAUUACAUGAUUAUGAAAAGUUAAAUAAUUAUAAUAUACGUUUAUUGUAUGUUAAAAUUCGUACAGAAUUAUUACGUAAACGUUAUGGAUGUAUAAACAGUGAUAGCACCACAACAAUUGAUCCAACAACAACAACAAUAAACAAUAUUAAUGCUAAACCAAAAAUAAAUAAAAAAACAACAGCUGAAUGUUUUGCAUUUGCUGGUGUUCAUCAUGUAUUUGAUCAGCAUAAAUCAUCAAUAACAUGUUUAAAAUUUGCAAAUAAUGAUAAAUCGAAAUUAUGUUGUUCAUCAUUUGAUGGUACAAUAACAAUAUGUGAUGUUAAAAAUAAACCACCAAUUAUAAUUGCAAAUUUGAGUGGUCAUAAAAAAGGUGUAACGUCAAUUGAUUGGAGUAUAAGUAAUGAUUUAAUUGUAUCAUCAUCAUUAGACACAACAAUACGUUUAUGGAGUAUAAAUAAUUACAAUAAACCAAUAUGUUUACGUGUUGUUACUGAUAAAUUUCGUUGUGAAAUAUUAUGUUGUGCAUUUGUACCGACAAAUAAUAAUUUUGUUAUAACUGGUAAUUCACAUGGUCUGUUAGAAAUAUUAAAUAUAUCAACUGGUAUUUAUCCACGUGGUGGUACUGUUAAAAUUGGUGGUAAAAUACUUGCGCUAGCAUGUGAAGAAAGUGGUGGUAAUCUUGUUUGGGCUGGUAAUGAUCGUGGUAUAAUAACAUCAUUAAAAUUAGAUGUUGGAUCUGGUGGUUUAUCAAAAUUACGAAGAAUUGAUGGUAUUGGUGGUACAGCUGCUAUAACAAGUUUGACAUGGAGAGCCUGGUUAUCACGACAAUCACCAUCACCAACACUUCUUGUUAGUAGUGCCUGUAAUACAGUAUCACUUUAUCGUGUUAUUGAUAGCCAAGGAUCACUUGGUAUUUGUAGAAAAUAUCCAAUUAAACACAGACAAUACCUCAUACGGUCAACAUUUUGUCCACAAAUGUCGGCGUGUUUAAUUGCAAGUGGAUCAGAAGAUGGAUCAAUUCAUCUUUUAGACACUUCAAGAGAAGGACAAGCUGCACAAGUUAAUAGACUACAAGGACAUUCAGCUCCAAUUCUUGCACUUGCUUUCAAUUAUGAUGAAUCACAUUUGGCAACUGGUGAUCAUGAUGGUCUUGUUAUUAUAUGGCGAAAUUAAUGAUUAUUAUUUUUAUUAUUUUAGGCGGAAAAAAUCGAUGGGUUUUGAUAAAAAAAAACUGUAAAGAUAGUGCAAUAUAUCAGUAAAAUUAUUUAUUUUUUAUUUUAUAUACAAGUAUAAAUAAUAGAUUAUAUAUUUUGUUAAACAGAAAAUUUAUAAAUAAAUAUAUUGACAAGAUAAAAAUCACAAUUUUUUGUAUGAAAUUUUGACUGAAUAAUUUUUUAGUAAUUAUUAUUUUAAUCAUUUGAUUUAUCUAGUCUUAUGUGUUCACAUGAUAAUUCAAAAAUAAAUAUAGUAUUUUAUAAUUGAUUGUAAAUAUGAGACAUGAAAAAACAAAGAUAUACAAAUAAAUGAGAAAUAACAAGAGAAAUGGAUUUCCUAUAUUUUUAAUUAUCUCUGGCUUCCUCUAGUGAUAGUAGUAUUUUUUUUUUUCAUGGCAAUGUCAGUGACCUUUUAAUACAUUUUUCAUCGAUUCAAUAGGCUGUUUUUUUUCUCUUUCAAUACAACUAAAAAUACAAAUAGUAAAAAUAUAAAUUCGAAUAACAAUCAAAUGCGAAAUAAUUAUUUUUCUUUUUUAUAAAAAUGUAAUUUUUUUUUUUUUAUUAAGCACAAAGAUGGGCAUUAUUAUAUAUUAUUGAAGGCAAUAACUGAGGAUGUUUUGUUCUGAGCCAAGUACAGCACGUAAUACAAAGAACAUGUUAGAUAAAUAGAUGAAAAUUAUUUGUAGAAUUAGUUUUAAAAAUAAAAUAAUUAUGUGCUUAUUAAAAUUAUGUAUGUUUGUGUUAACUCAACGAAAAACAAAACAAACAAUUUAUAUAAAUAUAACAAGUUAUUUUUAUAGAUAUUUUAAUUUUUAUUAUAACGAUAAUAGGUUUUUUUUCAUGUUGUUUUGACUACAUAUAUUUAGUUUUUCAAAUGAAUUAAUAGAUCAAUUAGCAAUAAUGAUAUUUAAUGUAUUGGUGAUAUUAUAAAGUUUUUUAAUUUAUAAAAGUCCUUUGUUUCUGUUUAUAUAAUAAUUAAAUAAUAAUAAUAUCAUAUGUUCUCAUUGAUUUGAAAUAAAAGAAAAAAAAAAAACAAAA